AUUUGUGUAGUUAAAAUGCUUUGUGGCAUAUUAAUUGGAUUAUUGCUGAUUACAACAUGUUUUGCCAAAUCAGAUCCCACAAUUUGUGUAGAUACAUCCUUGGGCCAAUUGAAGGGCAAACAAAUGGAGUCACGUUCUGGUGAUAAAUUUUGGGCAUUUCUGGGUGUACGUUAUGCUCAACCUCCUGUUGGUGAGUUGCGCUUUCAAAAUCCUCAACCGGUUGAAGCCUGGAAACCCGAAUUGUAUGAUGCCACCAAAGAUGGUCCCAUAUGUCCACAAGUCACGGCUAAUAUAACAUAUCUAUCAGAGGACUGCUUGCGUUUAAAUGUCUACACUAAAGAUACGAAAGCACGAAAACCAGUUAUUGUGUAUUUGUAUCCUGGCGGUUUUUAUUUCGGUGGAGCUAUUAGCCUUUAUGCAGGACCGGAAAAUUUUAUGGAUCGCGACAUUGUGUUGGUGACAUUAAAUUACCGUUUAGGUUCAUUGGGAUUUUUAGCAACGGGCACUUCUGAGGCUGCUGGUAAUAUGGGCUUAAAAGAUCAAGUUAUUGCAUUGCGUUGGGUGCAACAACAUAUCGAGAAAUUUGGCGGUGAUCCAAAUUCGGUAACUUUGUGGGGCUAUAGUGCUGGUAGUUUCAGUAUCGGUUUGCAUGUAAUGUCACCCAUGGCGAAAGGUUUAUUUCAUCGAGCUAUUAUGAUGAGUGGUACACCACUGGCCCAAUUUAAAUAUAAGACGCAUCAAUUGGAUUUGGCUGAAAGACAGGCUAGACUUUUGAAUUGUCCAGUGAAACCAAUUAAGGAGAUGGUGAAGUGUAUGAAAACGAAACCUAUGAUUGAUUUUGUGAAUACCACUACUGGCAUGUUUGAAUUUGGCUGGAAUCCUCUUUUAAAUUGGGUGCCUGUUAUAGAAAAUGCUUGUGGUGAAAAUCAGGAACGUUACCUUAUAGAGGAUCCAUAUACAACAAUGUCUAAGGGCAAUAUCAAUAAAGUUCCCUUAAUAACCGGCAUGACUGAAUAUGAAUUUUAUUCUUUGGGAUAUUAUACAAUGCGUAAUGAUACGGAACGUCAAUAUUUUAAUGAUGAUUUUGCGAAAUACAACCCCAUAUACUUUUCAUAUGAACGUGAAACACCGAAAUCUCUAGAAAUUAGUGCUGCUUUUCGUUCAUAUUAUUUCCAAAAUAAAUCGCUCGAGUAUCCUGAAUCAUUACAAUCAUUUAUUGACUUAUAUGGCGAUGGUGCAAUUUGUUUCAGUCUUCGUUAUUUACAAAUGGUUUCAAAAUAUGUGCCAGUCUACACAUAUAUUUUCACAUACAAAGGACGCUAUAGUCAUUUUGUUAAUCCAGAUACAAAUCAGACAUUAGGAGCUGUACAUCAUGAUGAAUUGUUAUAUCUACUAAAUCUACCUCUACUUACUCCUCAGUUCAAAAAAAACGAUCCAGAAAAUGUCAUAAUUGAGCGUUUAACUAGAUUUUGGUUCGAAUUUGCCAAAAAGGGAGAUCCCAAUAAUGCUUCCGAUGACUAUUUAAAAGAGGUGAUAUGGCCUCUGUAUUCCGAGGACAAAAAACAAUAUUUAGAAAUUGGCCAAAGUUUAAAUGUUAAAUCUAAUGCUAACUUACUGGAGCGUUCUCAAUUGUGGGAUCGUCUAUUUCCAAUUUCUGAAAUGCUAAACCCCCAUAAUGAACAAUGUAAACUGUAAAAAAUACAUAUAUUAUUUAAUAAAUAUUUUAAAUGUAUAACAA